AGCGCGCAGCAAUCAUGCCUCAUCCGUCGCACGCCUCGCCAGCAUCGGAAAAUAGAACAAGAAAUUCGUCUUUUAUCUAAAAGAAAAUACCGGCUCUUUUAGCUCUCGUGGUUUCGCAAGAUUACCCGCUUCGUGGUUGAAGAAGCUGACAUUUUGUGUCCAUAAUUAGUAUUUUUUCCCCCCCUCUCCAUUCAGUGAGACAAAGAGGGCAACAAGAUACAAGAGGAGUACAGCUGUGGUGUUUCAGGGCUCAUCCUUCAUUUUCGCAGGUCAUUUCUUUAAGUAACCUGCCGACACUCCUGACGCUGAGCAGUUUGGGGAGGUAAACGACAGGAAGACACUUCAGCGGACCUGAACUGAUGCCACUCAGUGUUUUCAUUCCCGGAACAAUGAGCCCGAUAGGAGCCUGAAACAUCUCGUGAAAGCCUCAGGCGUGUAAGGGAACUGGCCCGGCUGUUUGAUCCCCCCCCCACCUCUUACAUCCCUCUGCGUCGCACCAAUACCUCGCCCUCUCCCUGCUGUGGUCAUCCCAUGGAGAGUGCACGCCCACCCAGAUAGGAUGCCUCCCCUGCCCGACGGCCUGCACCCCCUCCUGCCCAUCACCACCUCCUCCUUCUCCUCGCGUCUACCUGCUCUUGCCAACAGUUCCUUGAGGGCCCCCAGGCUCCGCCCUGCCCCGCUCCAACAUGGUGGAUGAGGUCACCACCAUGAAGGAUGACGUCAUUAACGCCAACACGCUGGCAUGGCUGGUAUGCUCGGGAUUGUCCAUCUUGGCCAACACAUGGAGCAUCCUUAGCGUCAGUGCCAAGCAGAAAAAGUGGAAGCCGCUGGAGUUCCUCAUCUGCACGCUGGCCGGGACGCACAUCCUCAACAUGGCCAUCCCCAUCACCAUGUACUGUGUCAUCACGCUGCGACGCCAGCACUCCAACUACGAGUGGAACGAGGGUCUGUGCAAGGUGUUUGUCUCUACCUUCUACACCCUCACAUUGGUCACCUGCUUCUCCGUCACCUCGCUCUCUUAUCACCGCAUGUGGAUGGUACGCUGGCCUGUAAACUACAGGUUGAGUAACACCAAGAAGCAGGCGGUGCACACAGUGAUGGGCAUCUGGAUGGUCUCCUUCAUCCUGUCCACGCUUCCAGCUGUGGGCUGGCACGACACCAUCGACCGCUUCUACACCUCCGACUGCAGAUUCAUCGUGACGGAGAUCGGUCUGGGCUUCGGCGUGUGCUUUCUGCUGCUGAUCGGAGGCAGCGUGGCCAUGGGUGUGAUCUGCAUCGGCAUCGCUCUCUUUCAGACCUUUUCAAUUCAGGCGGGCCACAAGGCUGACAAGAACAAGUUCAACGUCCCCACCAUAGUAGUGGAGGACGCCCAGGGGAAGCGCAGGUCGUCCAUCGAUGGAUCGGAGCCUCUCAAGACGUCCCUGCAGAUCACCUACCUGAUCAGUGGAAUCGUCUUUAUCUACGACUUCCUGACUGGCUUCCCUAUACUGGUGGUGAGCUUUGCCAGUCUGAAGUUUGACCGCUCCUACAACUGGAUGGUGUUGUGUGUGCUGUGGUGCUCCAUCGCCCAAUCCAUCCUGCUGCCCAUGUUCAUCUGGGCUUGUGACCGCUAUCGCGCCGACAUUCGCAUGGUGUGGGAGAAGUGUGUCGCCAUCAUGUCAAACGACGACGUGGAUGAGGAAAACAGCCAAGAUGGAGGAAUUCAUGCCGACUUAAUAUAUGACAGACCAUAUGACUAUAGCUCGCCGCCUGAAAUCGUGACGGUAGACCGUAAUGCCAUGUUUGAGUUCUCAACCUUAGAAAGGGGGGUUCCGCAUGGGUAUCCAUUGAGGGAACAACAGGAAGAUAAAAUGCAGUAUUUGCAGGUGCCCCCUACAAGAAGAUACUCCCACGACGAAACCGACAUGUGGACCAGCGACCGGAUCCCCUCAUACCUUCAUCGAUGGGGCUCCACCGAGGACAUGAUAGUGACUACCCACUACAGCUCCACCUUACCGCGCCGCGAGAUGCGCAGGAGCAGCCUGGUCUCCUACCACGAGGAGAGCCACCACCACCAUCACCCUCAUCGAAAGCGGCGACGCUCUGAGGACAGCAUGCACUCCCUCAAACACCUGCCCCGCGUGGUCUGUGCAGGCGGGGAGCACUAUGAGGACGAACUGCGGUGUUUUAGCCGCGAUGAGGUGAUCAACUUUAUAGAUGAGACUCCGCUGCCGAGCCCCAGAAAGAGCCCGCGGCGCGCAUCCAGCAUUUCACUUAUACCCAAUGUGUAUGACCAGCACACAGUCAUCCUCCCUCGGUUCCUACUCACAGACUUUGAGUGUGAGCCUCAAGCUCUCAGGCGGCUCUCAGAACACAAAAGGAGCAGUAGUCGGGAGAACACGUCCCAGGUUUCCCCCAGAGCAGACAGGCCUGCUGGGAAGAAGAGCCCCGGGGCGUGCGGCUCUGGAAAAGGCUGCAGGGAGCGCACGCGUGACGGGAAACCGCAUUGUGAGGUGGGCUCACCUGGGCGCAUCCAACAGACUGCAGGGUCGUCCAGUAGGCCCAGGACAGGCGGGGGAGCCAGGGCGGCUGCUGGAGCUGACUGGGGGCAUCAAAAGCACCUGAGCAAGGGCGAGAGUAAAGGAAGCACAAACAGUUUUGUAAGCACACCUUCAGCAUCGUCCUCGGGAUACAUCACCUUUCGCUCUGAUUCUGUCGGUUCAGCCAACUGAGCAAAGUUGUUAAUGUCAACAUCAUUACCGAAAUGGUUUCCUCAAUGAAAACCACUGACAUCUUGGUGGUUAUGGGAUAAUGGCAUAUUGAUUUUUUUUAAUUUGUACUUGUGCUAAUAUUCUGAUUUAAUAUAUAUAUAUAUAUACCCCGAAUCAAUAUCUAUUAUUCUAAAUGACCUUAUGGGCUUUGGACAUUACAACUUGAUGGGUAAUGCUAAUCGGGUUAAAGAUUGGGUUUCCUGUUCUUUAGCUCUCACAUCCCAAAAUAUCCACUGAGGACACAUUUUUUUUCAAGCACUGUCACAAAUAAACUUUUAGUAGCGUGAACAUUGCCACACCUUGUUUUUGCUGUUCGAUGUUUCUUAUGAACUGCUCAAUGAUUUAGAGGAGGUCGUUUUUAAGUGCAGUUUUUCCCUGCUUUUUUUGCACUUCAGAACUUGAACUCAAACUGUAUUUAACUUUGCCUGUAAUGGCUGUGUGUUUUGUUGUAUGGACAUAUUUGCCUUUCAAACCAAACUUUCCGGAAUAUUGCCAAUGUACCUUGAGAUUAAUUUCAGGACAUUAUACAUGUUUGUUUUAUUUGAAUCAUGAUGUACCUUUCUAUUACCAUUGUUAUCACAAAACAUGAAAGCUUUUUUCAAGCCCCCUUUGUUGAAGUAAAUUGAGAGUGGUAAUCUCAAACUCUGUAAUGCCUGAUAGUUUUACAGUAACUGUGUGGUAUUGAGAUAUAAAGUGAAGACCCCUGAUUUUUCAUAAAAAGGUGAAGUCAGAUUUGAAAGAAGAUUGACAUGUCGUGUGUAUAUAUGAAGGAUGUUGGAUUUAUGGUUUUGGUGUUUUCUUGUUUUGUUUAAUGAGACCUUUGCUUAGAGCAUUUUCUCCCAAUUCUUAUUAUUCCGAUGUUUGUGUUAACUCUGGAGAUCAAAACAGGUUCUCACGUCUUGCAUAUUUACAUGAAACAUCAGACCAAUAAAGCAGGUGCUUUGUUACGACCUCACCUCUUAUUUGUUUUCAGUAUAAGUUGUUAGAGAGCACCAAACUCAUUUCAUUUUUAAAAGUAGCUUUCCAAGAGGGAACCUCUACAGAUGUGAAUGGUUAAAAAUGUGAUUAACUGCAGCCUUCAAGCUUAUAUGUAGCAUGACUUAAAUGCUGUUGUCGUACCUAUCCAACAUGAACGUUGGCAAAUAUUAGGAACAUAGAUUCGGAAAUAGAACGCAAUUUUAAAGUUUAAAAAAAGGCCAGAAAUAACAUUUAAUAUAGUAUCUUAUUAAGAAUGGUUCUAUUCUGGGAGUUUUCUUUCAGUAAAGUUACUUCUUUUAAAAACCUGAUUUAUCUAAGCCCCAUGAAAUAUGCCUAAUAACAAUACAUCAAAUGGCAUCUGCAAACCUCUAGCAAGGGAUGCUGUAGGAAAAGGUACGUUUAGAUUUGUUCAAAUCAUAGCAACAUAUCAAAAGACAAGGACAAAAGUAGUAUUCAAAAAGACAAGUUAAACUCCCUCUAAUGUCCCCAAAUUCUUACUUAAAAAGGACACUGCAGUGAACUUUAAAUUAGAUGAAAACUUCUCAUGUUAACACAAAAUGACAAUUUGCUGACUAAAGGAAGUGAGAACUUUACUACUUACAAAUGAUAGCAGAAACCAACUUGUAGCUUUCACAUCUAAUGGACGGUAACUGCUAACAUGAAUGUAUUUGGUUUAAGUUUUCAAAUACAUUAUUAGUAUAAGGACAACAUUAAACUGAAAUGACCCUUUUGGUUUUACAAUGAUUUUGCCAUUGCCAUCCAAGUUAUACAUUGGCACGCGUUUGGCAUAUUCAUUUUCACCCAUCUGCAAUCUUUUAAAUGUUUAGUUUUGAUCCUUGUGUAUUAGUGCACCUCAGCCUUUUCAAGCGGAAGGAAUUAUUGUUUUGUGCUUUCUUUGGAAGCAAAACAUUGCAUUUCUCUGUUAAGCUUUACUAUGUCAUAGAUUUUUGCAUUCUGUUGUGUUUACAAUAUUGAAAUAUCAUUUUGUAACAUAUCAAAAUAUUUAUGACUAAAAAAUGAAUGAUGUAAAUGUCAUGAUUUUCUUGUUCAGAUGAUGACUUUAUUAAAAAGAUAUGGCUGAAUAAAUU